GUAGCAGCCAUAAAACACAACCAUCACAUACUUCAAGUUGUAAUGACAGUAUGGCAGCACUUUGUUACGAUUUUCAAUCAAUUUCUUCUCUUCUGCACGAAACGACUGAAAAAAUUCCUGUGAAUAUAAUAAGAAUUAAAAAAUACGAAUAAAUAGAAUAAUUUUACGUUUUAAAUGCGAUACAUUCAAUUAAUGUUAUCCAGUUACAAAAUUUCAUUUGUUUCUAAUUAAUUGCGAACAAAGUUUUGCAAACGAUUUGUGAGCAGUAAAGCGCUACUCGUCAAUCAGGCAGUCAACGACAGUGUAGUGAUUACUCGGUCAAAUUGUCUUGCGGAGCCAAUAACAUUAUAGCCAUAGUAUCAUUGUGUCAGUGUAAUCGAGUCGCAACGAAAGACACGGGUGGAGUGCAACAACGAAAUACAUAACAAAAACAUAUAUAGUGACUAUAGUGUAAUAGAAAUGCAAGUUGCUGCAUAAAAGCGGGUCUGUAGCAGUUGCAGUUUUGCUGGUAUGGAACUGGUAUGGUUUUAGCCAGCAACGAAUGGCUCAACAAUAGCGAAGAUGAACAAAAGAGAACAUCGGGAAGCACACAAACAGCAACAACAGCUAACACAACAAACGCAGGUAAUCGUGACAUCGCAGAUACAACGGAAGUUCUUGCAAGGACGACAGAGAUCACCAGCACUAAUAAUACAGCAAUUCCAGCAGUCCCACUAACAACACCAGUAACAACAACGGGCACUGCCAACGCAAAUAACGAAAUUAUGUCUGAAAAUCCAAAUAAUGAAUCGCAUGAGCAACCAGAGCAGUUAGCGCAACAACUAAAAAAUAAUAUCGACGAUAUUCUACCUGCAGCAAAUAACGAAUUGAACGAUGAGGUGUCUAUUACACGAGAAGUUGUCAAUAAUAAUAGGGAAGUGUUGAACUGUGAUACUUCAAAUACGAAUGCUAAUACCGCUAAUGCCAAUAGCAAUAUUAAUUCCAGCAUUAGUGGUAAUAGCGGUGAGAAUGGCAGCGUUACAAAUGUGAAUACAAAUGCCAAUGAGAGUUCAGCCCAAAUAUCAAACAGCAAUACAAGCACCAAUAAUGCCAAUUUGUACUCGAAUCCAAGUUCAAAUGCGAGCACUCUGCAAUCACCCAUUGUACGUCAAUCGAAAGCGGUCACUAUCACCACAGGUACGGCGCUGUCGGGUGGUAAUUUGCCGCUCAGCAGUCCCAUUACACCGCAAGCGCUAAGCAGCGCACUACAAUCGGUUAUGAAUGCUAGCAAUAAUGUCAACGUUGCCAAUGCAGCGGUAGGUAAUCUACAAAAUACCUUUCUUAACACAAUAGGCAUGGAUAUUGGACAGGCCGCGAAAGAGUUGGGCUCAGCUUUCGUCAGCGGUUUGGUGGAGGCACAAACGAAUAUAACAAAUAAUGGUAGCAAUGCCGUACAAAAUAUAGGCAGCAGCAGUAAUGCUAGUAUGAAUUUGGAGACGGCAGAAAACAAUGGUCAGGCGAAAAUCAUACUGCUCUGUGAGGCCAACUCACAUCCGUUCCAGACACGCACCAUAAACCUCACGCCGAACAUUGAAUGUAAGGUGGGACGGCUGAUAGCAAAGAGUAAAGCAUCCGAAUCGAAUGCUAUAUUCGAUUGCAAGGUAUUAUCACGCAAUCAUGCGGUAUUAUGGUACACGGAUGAUUGCAAAUUUUGGGUGAAGGAUACAAAAUCAUCAAACGGCACAUUCAUUAAUGAAAACAAACUUGGUACUGAGGCGGCGGAGCUGCAUUUCGGUGAUAUUGUCAAGUUCGGCGUUGAUGUGCUAGAGAAUUCGCGCAAAGAAGUGCAUGGCUGUAUUAUUGCUUUUGUAAAGCUAUACUUGCCGGACGGACGUGAAGCGAUAUCAAUCGAUGCGACUGCCCAGCGUUCACAAUACUCUGGUGAAGGUCGUAUAAGCUACGAGGAGAUGCAUCGUUUGAAUUUGUACAUGCAAGAGGUGUCGCAGCGUGAGAAGGCGUUGAAAUCGAAACUUUUCAAUAUACAAAAUGUUUUGGAUGCGACGCGCAAGAAUUCUGCGCUGUGCUGGCAGUCGCUAAUUGCCGAGGACCAAUUGCUGCACCGCAUCAAUUCGCUCGAGAAGAAAUUGCAAAUUAUGGAGAAAAAUGUGCCAGAGAGCGUACUGCGAAAUGAGGUACUAAAAUUGCUCGAAGAUAAAAACUCAUAUCAACUUACAGCCAAAGAAGCCUUACGCAAAGUCUACCAAGAGCGUUGUGAUGCACUGCAAAUGCUCUCAAAAAUGGAAUUAGCCUAUGCCAAUUCCGAUGGUGAAUGUAAAAUCUUACGCGAUCAAAUAAUGAACACCAAGCAAUCACUGCAGGAUGUCAAUACGCGUUUGCAACGACUCGAAACCGAUUACAAUGAAUAUAAAGAGGAAGCGGAACGCAAGCAACAAGAGAUCAAAGAGCAGGAGGAGCAACGUCUCGCUGAAAUGUCCGAGAAAUUACAUCAACGCGAACAGGAAUGUGACGAUUUGCGACGCCGUGUGUCCGAAUUCAUGCUCCAGCGCGCUGAAAUGGUAGAUGAGGAGGAAAAACGGGCCAUUGAGAAGCUAGACGCGGCUAUAGGCGACAUGGAUUUGGGAGAUGAUGAUGACGACGAUAAUGAAGUGGAAGAAAAUGAUGAUAAUGAAGAUAAAUUUGAUGAAGGUGAUGGGGAACACAAGGAAGAUGGAAAUGAGAAGGAUUCUAGUAAAAAAGAAUUGCGUUCACCGCGAGUUACGAAGAGCCUUGAGAUAAUGAAUGGCGUGGGAACAAAAUUCUUGCAUAGCAAUGAUGAAAAGGAGGUCUUAAACAGUACGUCCAGAUCUGAUGUUUCACAAAAGGAGGAUAAGCAAAAAAGCAAUGCCAAGGAGUCCACGAUACUCAAAUGGCUGCAAAAUUCGGAUUUGAAUCAAAAGGAAGGUUCCAUUGAUAUCUUCAAGGCCAUUUGUAAUGACUCGGAUUCGAGUGACGAACAAGAACUUCCAUUACUUGAGAACGAUGUUGUCAUCGAUAGCGAAAGCGGUAUUGGUACCUCAAUGGAGGAUAUAAAAUUAAAAUAUAAGAAAUCGAAAAAUAAAUUACAAAGCGUACAGAGCAUUUUAUGUCAAUUGGUAGAGGCGGAAAUGUCAAAAGAGUGCUACAAAUCAGCUGGUGCUAAUACAACAGAGCACAAUGCUACAGAUAUAGAAAAUGAGGCUUUAAAAGAAACACGCAAUGAAGGGGGCUGCGCACCGAUGGAUCAUGAACAAAAGCUAUUAUUACUCAAACGUAGCGUAGCCAUAUUGAGUGAAGCAUACAAAGAGAUAUGUGACAACCUGAACGAGCAUGAGUUACAGAAAGUGUUGACCGAGGAUACAAAGGAGUUGUCACCACCACCUGCGAUAACGGUGCAAACACAAUUCCAAAGUUAUGCACCAUCAUUCAACACCAGCGCCACUGCGGGCAAUAAGCUGAUACCACAAGAUACUUUGAAGCCACUAAUAGAAGCUGCUGAGGAAGAAGAUGACGUAAAGGUGGAUGAUUUGGCUGAAAAUAAAGUACAAUCAGAGCAAACAGCUAAUGAUGACGCGCAAAGUGAAGAAUGCAUUACAGUGACUACACCGUCUACAAUCGUUUCGAACGUUAUGGCAUGCGAAGAAGUCACUUUAAGGGAUGAAGUGCGCGCCUAUCAAGGGCAGAUAAAGGAGUUAAAUCUAAAGCUAGAGCAAGUCGAGAGUGACGCACAAAAUACGCUUGAAAUAAUGCAAAUAGAAUGUGACACAUACAAAGAAAAACUCGCCGAAUUAUCAAAAGUUGUGCAAAAGGCCUGCGAAGAGAAGCGGGAACUUGAGAAAUUGCUUGAUAAACGUGCGAUCAGCGUAGAAAAGGAACAGCUGCAAGUAGAACAAAACGACGCCACAAUCGACGAACCCAGCGACGCUGAAACGAAGGUGCCCGUUAGCGUAGCCGAAUUGUCGACCGAAGUUGGGGUCAAGGAAACGGCUGGUACGUUGCCGGAGCGCAACGGCGUUGAAUUGCAAAACGCAGAUAAUAAGCAAUACAGCGCGACUACAUUGGAGGCCGAUUUCGAAGCGCAGCUGCAUGAUGAUUUGGCGGCCUUAAAUAGCAGUGCUUUGCAGCGCGAAGAGGAGCUGAUCGUGUACAAAGAGCGACUGGAGAAGACACAAAGCGACAAUCUGCAGUUACGCAACGAGAUAGCGGAGCUGCUACUGAAAUCCGGUACACAAGCGCAAACGCAUAUGGUGAAGCAAUUGCUGGCUUACGGUGCCGUCGUGGUGGCAAUUAUUGUUUACUUUAUCACAAUGUAUUUCUAAGUGCGGCCGUUUGCUGCCUUCUACGCGGUAUCUGUCAAAAUGGUAAGCGUUACGAUAUGUGGAGCGAAGAGAUAAAUGCAAUAAAUAAUAAAAAUGCAUUAGUACGGAAAAGAAAAGUUUGCAAAAAGUUGCGAUUAAACAGCUGUACAGUGUACAUACAAACAAAAUAGCUAGGCUGCAUGCAUUAAAUAAGAUAAACAGUCAGCUUUUGCUGCUGGUGGCAUAAGCUAUAUGCAACUCAAUGUGUAGCGCCCAAAUCUAAACUAAAUAUUAGUUCAAAUUAGAAAUGCUACAGUAUGUUUUUCAUUAUAAUAAGGUUUUCUAAAUCUGAAUUCUGAACUAAUAUGCAGCAACUUGGCAAAAUUUCCAGCGUAUUUUCUUGUCCGGUAUAGAUUUGAGACAUACACACUCAUACGCCACGAGUUAAAUCUAUAACAAUGUGAAAUAAUUAGGUCCAUUACGAAUUCUUGUAGAUAUUAGCAAACUUUUAGUUUGUAAACAAAUUUAAAUUGCCACAAAAAAGCAUAUUACUAAGGUAAUCGAAAUAAGCUAACUAAACGCAAAUAAAAGCAAACACCAAUACAUAUAAAAUUAAAGCUAAAUAAUUAUAAUUAUAUAAUGUGUAUAAUGUAUAGCUUUAAUGAUAACACAGAAACGCAAACAUAGGCAAAACCCAACGCCGAAAAAUUUUAUGUUUGUUUACAAAUGUACACAGUAGCAUAUGUUCACAAUAAAAAGUGUUCAUAAUGAGUGUGCAAAAGUUAUUCUGUGAAGCAAAAAAAAUAUAUUAUUUAUGAUAAAAAUGAACUGUAUAAACUUAUGUGUGCAUGUGUGCAUUUAAAUUAAGUGUGGCGUUUAUUUCCAGAAAAAGAAACGAAAACUUUAAAAAAACAUCUAAAACACUAAACUCUAAGCCCCACUCAUCUCUGCUGCUUGCUUGGCUGUUACCUAAUUGCGGUUGCAUUCAUAGUGCGUUGCAAUUAAGUGAAUAUUGCAUUUGUUUAAACUUAAUUUAAAUUAUUGCAUACGUAGACUCACAAACAAAAUAUAUAUAAGCCUUUAUGCGUAUAUAUAUAGUAAAUAGUAAACACGCGUACAUUUUAUAGGAACACGUAUUCGUAAAAGCUAUGAAAUCGUAACACAAUCACAAACUAUAUGCUUAUUCUAUACUCUUACGGCGCUUAUUUAACACUUACAUUAACUUACAUUCAUAUUUACAUACUCGUAUAUACUAUAAUAAAAAAAUUAUCAUUUGCGUGAUUAGCAAAAACAACAACAGAAAUGUACGUAAAAAGCAUUAAUGUUUGAUACAUUUAUGAAAUUUUUCAAAGUACAUAGCUCAACAAUGCCUAAAGCAGAUCACGCCAUAACUCAAUUAAAUAUAUUUAACAUUUCACCUUAUUUUAUGCAAAACGAAGGUGUCAAUGGCUAUAAUUCUACAAUAUGUUAUGCUUCGCUUCAUUUGCUGUCUCAAUUUACCCAAAUAUAUAUUGUAUUCUCAUUCAAAACCAAUUCCUUCAUACCGCCCGCCCGCUCCAGUACAAUUGUAAUUCGCAUUGAAUUAUAUUGCAAAACAAUUGUUUGUUUAUUGAAAAUUGCUGGUAAUUUCUGUUGAUUAAUUAUAGAAAAAAUAACACCUGAUCUGUUUUUGUUUGUAAAUUUUUGACCGCUUUACACUAACGCAUAAUGUGUAUAUGUGUGCGUGUGAAGCAAUGCAGCUGUUUUUUUUUAUUAAUAAUUAAAAAUUUGCAAAUUGUGUGCUCUACAUUAAUUAUUGAUUAUUAUCUACUGCUAUUAUCAUAAUAUUAUUUAAAUUGUUAGUUUUUAGUUGAAAUUAUUAUCAUAAUUUGUAAUAAUAUAAUUUUAUAAAACAAAACAAAAAAAUGUAAUAUGCAAAACAGGCGAAAUAUGUAUGUAAUAUUAUUUGAAAAUGAUUGCGUAAAUUAUGUAGUGUAUUUUAUAUGCUAUUAAAUGCGAUACACAAACAAUCACGUAUCUUAUUGAAAACGAAAUACGAAAUAUAGAAGAUAAAGAAAUCACGAAUAAAAACAAUUAUUAAAUUCUUA